AUGAUACUAUUUGAAAAGUUGAUUGUAGAAGAGGCUUCUUUACUGAAAACAUGUAUUGACUUUUUUGCAAGAAAUAAAUUCUUUAGUACAACUGCAUUUAUUUUAUCCAUUAUAUAUGUUAUAAAUGAGCGUAUUUUAAAACCUCCAAAAAGGCUUAGGCACAUUCCUUAUCAGGGAUAUUUUGAAUUAUUCAAAUCUAUCAAAAAUAAAGAGUCUUAUUGGGAUCGAUCAUAUAGGCUAACUCUUCCUUAUAUCAAUUCCCCGAAAAAUAACAAUGUUUACUUGAGACCAGGAAGAACAGGAUGGGAAGUUCACAUAGCAAAUCCAGCUGAUGCUAAAUUCAUACUUUUGAAACAUGACCUAUUUCCAAAGGCAAAUAUGAUGGCUGGAGCUGGGAAAAGAACAUUAACAGGAAAAUUUAUGGAUAGUGCUAAUAUCUUGUUUUCAAAUGGACAUAUUUGGAAAUCACAAAGAAUGAUAGCUAACCCAGCUUUUCGGCGUUCAAUGCCUGUAAAAUUAUUUGGUAAAUUAACUGUCGACUUGUUUAAAGUAGUAGAUGACAUGCCAGAAACUGUGGAAGUCACUGAUUUGAUGGAGAGAUGGACCUUGGAUGCUAUUGGAAAAGCAGGUUUUGGAUUUGACUUUAACGCUAUCCGGGAAAAAGACAACCCAUGGGUCAAUAGUUAUAAUAUGAUUAAUAAAGGAAUUCAGGAUCCUCUUUACCUUUUAUUUCCUUUAUUAGAUUCAACCUUAUUAGGUCUCUUUCCAAAACGAAAACGAAUUCAUCUUGAAAUGGAUAAAUUCUUAAAAAUGAUUGAUCAUGUGAUUCUAAAUAAAAGAGAGGAUAUGAAAAAUAAUCAGCCCAAUGAAGACCUUGAGGAAAAUGAACGUGAUCUUUUAAGUUUGAUGAUAGAAGGUGAAAAUAGAGGUGAAGGCAUUCUUACAAAUGGUGAAUUAAAGAGUAAUCUAUGCCUAUUCUUUUUAGCCGGACAUGAGACAACUACGAAUGCUCUUUCCUUUAUUAUUUAUUAUUUAGCAAAAUACCCUCAUAUUCAACAAAAAGCAAGAGAUGAAGCAAUUCGAAUCCUUGGAGAUGAACCGUUUGAUAUUUUACCUACUGCUGAUCAGCUCAAACAAAUUGUCUAUAUUAAUCAAGUUAUAAAAGAGACUUUGCGAUUAAAUGGACCCACUAUCGGUGUGCUUCCUCGUAUUGUUUCAGAAGAUAUAGUUUUACCAUCAGGUGUACCUGUUCCAAAGGGUGUAGGCAUUACUGUCGAUAUAUUUAAUAUUCAUCACUGCGAAAAAUACUGGACCAAUCCAGAUCAAUUUGAUCCCGAAAGAUUUAAUGAAAAUUAUGGAAAAGAUGUGCGUAAAUCAGGCGAAGGCUUGACUUAUUUACCCUUUGGAAACGGGGCAAGACAAUGUCUUGGUAUGAACUUUAGUUUAGUUGAGCAACGAGUUAUGCUAUUAAUGUUAUUGCGGAAAUAUGUCUGGAACUUGCCUGAUGACUCUAUCCAUAAAGAUAAAAUUAUUACUGCAGGCAUGUUUAUCAUUGCUCCACAAAAUUUAAAAAUUACUUUUCAAAGACGUUAUUAA